AUGUCCUGCCAGCAGAACCAGCAGCAGCGCCAGCCUCUGCCCAAGUGCCCCUCACCCAAGUGCCCCCCAAAGAGCUCAGCACAGUGUCUGCCUCCAGCCUCCUCCUGCUGUGCUCCAAGCCCUGGGGGCUGCAGUGGCCCCAGCUCUGAGGGCGGCUGUUGCCUGAGCCACCACAGGCGCUGCAGGUCCCACCGAUGCCGGCGCCAGAGCUCCAACUUCUGUGACAGGGGCAGUGGUCAGCAAGAUGGUGCCUCCGGCUGUGGCUAUGGCUCUGGAGGCUGCUGCUGA